AUGCAAAAUGAUGGCUUUCAGUUUGAUCAAGUGAUUGUUUACCAUGAAGUGAGCAACAGGACAAAUGGCAUCACCAACUUAGGAAUCUACAGCCUGGACCAGGAAAGCCUGUAUAUCAAUGAUUACCAUGAAGCUCACCUCAUGCCUCGUAAAUCUGUGAAGAACAUGGAGGGCACUGCCAUGGAUGCAGUUUGCACAUACAGAGCCAAUGCUACCACUGCUGAAUUUGAUCGAAUCAAGGUUUAUCAUGAGUUCAGCAAGAUGACAGCCAGCUGCACUGAGCUGGGACCCUACAGGCUGGAUGCAGCAAGUUUUUAUGUUAGCGGUUAUAAUGAACUGCAGCCUAAACUAUGUAAGUCAAAGAAGGACAGGGAUGACACAGGAGUAGAUGCCAUCUGCAGCUAUAGAGAUGAGCCUUCAGAUCCCAAGUUCAGCAGAGUGACAGUUUACCACGAGCUGAGCAACAUGACAAAUGGCAUCACCAAGCUGGGACACUACAGCCUUAACAACCAGAGCCUCUACAUUGCUGAUUACAAUGAACCACAUAGUCUGUCACUGGUGAAGCCAACCACCACACAAAUCCCAGGACCAAUAAUAGAGCAAUUCAUACUGAACUUCACAAUAAUCAACCUCAGGUUCACAACAGACCUAGGGAUACCAAAUUCCUCUAAAUUCAAUUCUACUGAGAAAAUAAUGCAACAUUAUAUUGACCCCCUGCUUCAGAGGAGCAGCAUUGGCCCCUAUUUCACCGGCUGCAAAGUAACAGAAUUCAGGUCAGUGAGAAAUAGGGAUUACACAAGAGUUGACACCUUCUGCAACUAUGAAAAUGGCUCCCAAGUGCCCAAGUUUGACCAAGCUAAGGUUUACCAAGAACUAAGGAGCAUGACAAAUGGCAUCACCAAAUUAGGAAUCUAUAACCUGGACAGCAAAAGCCUCUAUAUCAAUGCUCUGAGCAUAACCACUGCACCAAGCCCAACAUCCAGGCAUUUCACACUCAAUUUCACCUUGACCAACCUCCAGUACACUGCAGAUCUGGAUGCACCAAGCUCUCGCAAAUUCGUUUCCACAGUGAAAGUCAUCAACCAUUAUGUUGACCCUCUUUUCAAAAGAAGCAGCAUAAGCUCUGCCUACACAGGAUGUGAAGUGAUAAGAUUUAGGUCUGUGGGAGACAGGGAUGACCAUACAGGCGUAGAUGCUGUCUGCAGCUACAAAAACAAUGUCAGCCUUGGCAGAUUUGACAGAGAAAAGGUUUAUCAUGAGCUGAGAACCAUGACAAAUGGUGUCACCAAACUAGGGCACUACAGCCUGGAGAAGAACAGCCUGUACAUCAAUGGUUUUCCCCUCACAGACACAGCUAUCACCAGAAAGCCUGUCUUGACUGAAGCUCCAGCCAAAUUGGGCUACAGAUUGAGCUUUAGAAUAGUCAAUGAAAACCUAACUAACCCAGACUCUCAGUCUCCAGAAUACAAAGCAGCAGUGGAAAGCAUCAAUAACAAGAUGAAUCAACUAUACCUUCAGAGCAGCCUGCGAGACCAGUUCCUGAACUGCAGUAUCACAAGGCUGAGGACUGGAUCCAUAGUGGUCAACUGCAAGUGCUUCUUCAAACCAGAGCCCAGCAUCAACAGGGCUGUGGUUGAAAGGGCUUUUCAGAACGGCACUUGGAAUGCAACUGGACUGUGGCUGGGAAGCAGUUACCAGCUGCAAGGAUUCUCAGUAGACAGCUUGGAACUAGCAAUUGAGGCAGCAACUUACAACACCCCCCUCAAGACUGGGAAAGAAAACAUCAGAUUAAAUUUCAGAAUCUCCAACCUUCCCUACUCCCCAGAACUGCAGGACUCCAGGUCACAGAUGUACCAAGUGAACAAGGAGAAAACUGAGAAAGGGCUUGAUGUAUUCAGAACUAGCAGCCUGAAGGACUGCUUCGCUGGCUGUACUGUUGAGAGCUUUGGGCCUGUCCCCAGGAAAGCUUACACAAACGUUGCCUCUAUCUGCAAAUUCACAGUGGACCCCUUCUCAAAGGCUUUACAAAAGCAAGACUUCUAUGAGGAGCUGAAACGGCUGACGCACGGCUUCACCAAGCUGGGCCUCAGUUUUGAGCUGGAAGAUCAGAGUCUGAUUGUUGAAGGUUACUCUCCAGUCAAAACAGAUGAACAGGAGUCUGAAAGAUCUGAGUAUGUGCUGCUCAUCACUGAACCCCCGCUCAACCUCACCACCCACCAAGAGAAGACGGUGGAGAUGGUGUUGAAAUCACUGGGUUCCCCCAGCCUCUUUGUUGCCCACCAGCAUGUUCUCUCCAUCUACACCCAUGGCAGAACCAGCAGUCUGGUGGCAGACAUGGGCUAUACUGUCAGCCAUGCUGUGCCAGUCCAUGAGGGCUACAGCUUGGCACAUGCCACCAAGAGGAUGGACCUGGUGGGGUCAUGCCUCUCCUGGUACCUGACCAUCAGCCUCAGCAAGGAGAGGUUUCAGUGCCCAGAAGUGCUCUUCAACCCUCCAAAGUGGGGAAUUUCCUAUGUGGGCAUCCAUGACAUGACCCAGAGAAGCCUCAACCCACUUCCAAAAGAAAUCAGGUCAACAAUGUGCAAAAGCAUCCUCCUGUGCAGAGGGUCCUCUCUAAGAGGCUAG